CCAUAAUACAUUUCAGUUUCCAUACCUCGCUAAACACCUAAACCCUAACCAAUCUCACUGCUUCUCUGUCCUCUCUCCGUCUCCUCUCCAUUAUUUCGAGUGAAGAUCAAAUCUAGGUCAGAAUAUGGCGUCGAGCGACCGAACGGUGUUGCAGUUCGUGCCAUCUCCGACGAGCUUGUCGGCGAAGGUUCAACCUCUGGUGAUCUUCAACAUCUGCGAUUUCUUUGUCAGACGGCCCGACCAGGCCGAGCGAGUCAUCGGUACACUUCUGGGCUCGGUCUUACCCGACGGCACCGUUGAUAUCCGGAACUCAUAUGCUGUUCCUCACAACGAGUCCUCCGAUCAGGUUGCUUUGGAUAUCGAUUACCAUCAUAAUAUGUUAUCAUCCCACCAGAAGGUGAAUCCAAAGGAAGUCAUUGUUGGAUGGUUUUCAACUGGCUUUGGAGUCACAGGCGGUAGUGCGUUGAUCCAUGAAUUUUAUUCUAGAGAAGUUUCAAAUCCUGUUCAUCUGAUUGUCGAUACAGGAUUUCGGAAUGGAGACGCUACCAUAAAAGCUUUUGUCUCCAUGAAUUUGUCUCUUGGAGAUCAACAACUUGCUGCACAAUUUCAAGAGAUUCCUUUGGAUCUACGCAUGCUUGAAGCUGAGAGGGUUGGAUUUGACAUCCUUAAGAAAACCGUGGUUGAGAAACUCCCAAGUGAUUUGGAAGGAAUGGAAGCCUCGAUGGAACGCUUACUAGCUCUUAUCGAUGAUGUCUACAAAUACGUUGAUGAUGUUGUGGAAGGGCAUGUUGAACCAGAUAAUAAUAUUGGGAGAUUCAUAUCAGAGACUGUAGCCUCCAUUCCAAACCUUUCACCAGCAGUUUUUGAUAAACUUGUGAAUGAUAGUCUACAGGAUCAACUACUCUUGCUAUAUUUGUCAAGUGUCACAAGAACGCAGCUCAGCUUAGCAGAGAAGUUGAACACAGCUGCUCAGAUUCUGUAGCUGAUAUCUCCCCUCCUUUGAAGAAACUCAUAUGCCGAGACAGUUUUCCUUUCAAUUGUGGUCUGUGUUUAGCGAUGCAUGGCCAACUUUUGAGACAUGCUCUCAUUUACCAAAGAAUGGUUAUAAUUAUUCCCCCCACAAUUUGGAGCCAUGUAGGUUGUACUUUUUUGUCAAUCUAAAUGUUUUGUAGUAGUAAAAUUGCUAUGCAGAAACAAAAUAUACAGUUUUUCUGGACCUUUGACAUUUAAUUGAAGGUUGAAAAUCAGGAUAUUGCCCCUAGAACAUUUGAGACGGGUCAUUUUAUAUGGGAUUACUAUGACUUCGUGGAUGCUUUAUUUGAAAA